AUGAAUUGGUUAAUCUCGAACCAUGGAGACUUGAAGCUUCGUGUCUAUCUAGUGUUUGAACCUUUUGCUUUAGCCACUACUGCAAUUCAAACUAGUGCUUUGACGUACUUUGCUCGUGUGGCUGGCUUAUGGGACUAUUGUAUCCCAAGAAGUGUUUUGGACACGGGCGAAAAUCGUAUUGUUGCGAUCGAAGCUCGUCCUUUCAACAUCUUGAAGUCUCACAGCUCGGCUGCUGCCGGAAACAUUGAAGGGUUUUUUGAUGGAUUAUCUCUCGGUGCCAUCAAACAAGGUCCCAGCCCAGGUGCGGGACACAAAGUUACCGACCAUCGGACACUCGGAAAAAUUAUGGACUCCGGUCCAAGCCCUGGCGGAGGGCACAAGUAA